AAGACCAAACCAGCCAGCCAACCCCAAAAAACCCAGAGGGCGUGGGGGGUGGGAGGGGGGGGUUCCCGUGUCGCCGCCGCCACCCUCCGCUGCUGGAUCCGUUGUGAGGAAAUUGCCAUUCGCCGGCAGCGGCGGCACAUCUGGGCGGGCACAUCUGGGCAUGCAAGAUCGGCUCCCGCCGCCUUCCUCCUCCUCCGUCCUCCAGCCGGCCGAGCGGAUCCCUCCGGGCCGCCGGGGAGGCUCCCGCCCGCCAGCCCCAGGGUCCAUCUUUCGGACUGAAUAUUAAAAAAACUGGCAGCGCGGGGAGGGGGGGUGGGGUGGAAAUAAAGGCUGCUUUUUUUCUUCCCCUGGGAUUUAUUUCAUGGGGAUGUGUUCAAGACAAGAGAGGAUUCAGAAGGAUAUUGACGUUGUGAUCCAAAAGUGCAAGGCGGAGAAGGACUGCCUGUUUGCAGAUUUCAGGUAUUCAGACUCCACCUUUACCUUCACCUAUAUUGGAGGCUCCAAAAGUGUAUCCUAUUCAGUGCAUGUCUCUGAGGAUUACCCAGAUAACACCUACGUUUCCAGUUCUGAUAACGAUGAAGAUGUGUUAGUUACAACAGAGCCAAUUCCAGUAAUUUUCCACCAAAUCGCUACAGAAUUAAGAAAAACCAGUGAUGUUAACUAUUGCUUAUCCAUAAAAUCAAAAUUACAGAGGGAGAAUGGAGAGGAGUCAUGGCACAACAGCACAGUUGAAGAAGACUCUGAAGGAGAUAAUGACUCGGAGGAAUUUUAUUAUGGAGGACAGGUUAGCUAUGAUGGAGAACUUCACAAGCACCCACAGCUGGAGGCUGAUUUGACAGCAGUGAGAGAGAUCUAUGGACCUAAUGCAGUAUCUCUCAGGGAAUAUGGAGCCAUUGAUGAUGUAGAUAUUGAUCUGCAUAUUGAUGUUAGCUUUCUUGAUGAAGAGAUUGCUGUGGCCUGGGAUGUAAUUCGCACAGAGCCUAUAAUAGUGCGAUUGCACUGUUCACUUACGCAGUACUUAAAUGGUCCAGUGCCAACUGUGGAUGUAUUUCAGAUCUCUACUAAGGAAAGAUUUGGGCUGGGACAUCAGCUGAAAAAAAUCAUGCAGACGUUUGUUACACAACAGUGGAAGAACAGCAAAGAGAAAUCUAAUUGUACGCACAAUAAGAAGGUGUCUGACAAAAAGGUGAAAUCCCCUCUGCACAUCUUUUCUACGUUGCGCAGGUCGCCAAGUUAUCCUCCACCUGGCUGUGGUAAAAAUAAAUCAAAACUGAAGUCAGAACAGGAUGGCAUCUCCAAAACUCACAAGCUACUGAGAAGGACUUGCUCUAGCACAGUUAAGGCGGAGGAUAUGUGUGCCACAAAAUCUCACAGAACCUUUGGCCGCUCGUUGUCGAGUGACCCGAGGGCUGAACAGACAAUGGCUAUUAAAUCGCACAAACUGUUGAACCGAUCUUGCUCUGCAGCCGUCAAGCAGGAGGAGUGCAUCACUUUAAAGCCCCAUAAGCUGUUAAGUAGGUCGUGUUCUGGGGAUCCUCGAUGUGAGCACAACAGCACCUUGAAGCCCCACAAACUUUUAAGCAGGUCCUACUCCAGUAAUCUUAGAAUGGAAGAAUUGGAUGGAUUGAAGAAUCACAAGUUACUCAGCAAGACUUACUCCAAUGCCCCUAAAUCAUCCAAAAUGGAGCCUUUCAAGGAGUCCACCAUAGCAGAGAGCAGGAGGCUCUCUCUUACCUCAGGGCUUAUUGGUAUCUUAACACCAUCUUCAUCAUCACCUUCACAAGCUGCUCAAAAUUAUGGUGCAAAAUGCAUUCCAGUACGAGACCGUGGCUUUCUUGUGCAGACUAUUGAAUUUGCUGAGCAGCGGAUACCAGUAUUGAACGAAUACUGUGUAGUUUGUGACGAACCCCAUGUGUUCCAGAAUGGCCCUAUGCUGAGGCCCACUGUUUGUGAACGGGAGCUCUGUGUAUUUGCUUUCCAAACAUUAGGAGUGAUGAACGAAGCUGCUGAUGAAAUUGCAACUGGGGCUCAGGUGGUUGAUCUGCUAGUAUCCAUGUGUCGGUCUGCAUUAGAGUCACCUAGGAAAGUUGUCAUUUUUGAGCCAUAUCCUUCUGUAGUUGAUCCUAAUGAUCCUCAGAUGCUGGCCUUUAACCCCAGGAAGAAGAACUAUGACCGUGUCAUGAAAGCAUUGGACAGUAUCACUUCUAUUAGAGAGAUGACACAGGCACCUUACUUGGAAAUAAAGAAGCAGAUGGAUAAACAAGACCCGCUUGCACAUCCUCUUCUACAAUGGGUUAUUUCUAGUAAUAGAUCACAUAUUGUGAAGCUACCGGUGAAUAGGCAACUAAAGUUUAUGCACACUCCCCACCAGUUCCUGCUUCUCAGCAGUCCACCAGCCAAAGAAUCCAAUUUCCGAGCUGCUAAAAAUCUCUACGGAAGUACUUUUGCGUUUCAUGGUUCACACAUUGAAAAUUGGCAUUCCAUCCUGAGGAACGGCUUAGUUGUUGCUUCCAAUACAAGGCUGCAGCUCCAUGGUGCAAUGUUUGGAAGUGGAAUCUACCUUAGUCCAUUGUCAAGCAUAUCAUUUGGUUACUCAGGGAUGAAUAAGAAGCAGCAGAAGGUGUCAGCUAAAGAUGAACCAGCCUCAGGCAGUAAGAGCAGUAGUACAUCACAGUCACAGAAGAAAGGACAACAGUCACAAUUUUUGCAAAGCCGUAACUUAAAAUGCAUAGCCUUAUGUGAAGUGAUAACCUCAUCCGAUCUGCACAAACAUGGAGAGAUAUGGGUAGUUCCCAAUACGGAUCAUGUGUGUACAAGAUUUUUCUUUGUUUAUGAAGAUGGUCAAGUGGGUGAUACAAGUAUAAAUACACAGGAACCAAGCAUUCAUAAAGAGAUUCUUCGAGUCAUUGGCAAUCAAACUGCUACUGGUUAAAAGGACCACUCUUAUUUAAUUGAUGUGAUUUGGAAGCCUUCCUCAGUCUCAAAGCUGGAUUUUGAACUGAAGAAGACGUGAAAAACUAAUUUAUUAUUAUUAUUCUAAGCAAAUUAACCCUUUGAAUACUUACUGUUUUCUUACUUAGUAUUUCUUAUCUCAUCAAAAUACCUGAGAUGGUAUGAAUUAGCAACUGUAGGGGUGCAAAGUCUAUUAAUAUACUACAACUAAUAAUAAUUAAACAGGCAUUUGGGUUGCUCACAAUAAACAGACUUUAAAAAGGAGUUUUGUGCUGAUAUUUUUAUAUUAAACUUCAAUUGGAGGUUUUAGUACUGUAUACUGGUAUUUUAAAUUUAGAAUGACUGAAUUAUAGGCGAGAAGAUUUUAUAGCGGAGCACCUGUAUUAUGCAGGAUACUUUGCAAUAAGUAAAAUAUUCUCAUAUUUAAACACAAAAACAGGUUGUCUGGAACAUGUCAAGUUAAAGAGAUUGGUUACUUGCAGCUAUCUUUGAUUCAUUUUAUUUUACACAAAUGCAGCUAGGAUUUAGAGUCAAAGGUUAAAACAACAAGACAUUUUCUAUUUAAUGAGUGAAACAAAGCAAAAAGUAGUGAAUGUGAUCGUGUAUAUUUAGUUUUCUUUAUCUUCUCUGGAAACACUGUCUUAUCCAUUAAGCAGCUCAGUUGCAUUUUUUAAUUAUACGAGCCUAGCAAGCAUCUGGAAAUCCUGAAGCUGUUAACUUCCUUUUGUCAAACUUGGGUUUUGUAUACUAGAUUUUACAUUUUCUUUAGAUCAACAAGGUUCUUUAAUGUUUUCAUCUUAACUUCAGUGAAACUGCUCUGUGGUUAAAUCUAGCCACAUAAAAGUAUGUGCUGAAUUAAGACUUUUACAUGAUUGAGUUGAUUGUUGGUACAUCAGAAAAUACAAACAAAUGCAAAAUUUUACUGAUUUUCUCUUUGUGAAAUAUUUUUAUUAAUUUAUUCCUGAGGGAAAACAAACCAAUUCAGAUCUCUCUGUCCUUUAAAUUAAGAACUGUUUUUUCCAAGUGAGCAUGAUGGCGACAGAGGUUGGAAGGGGCCCAAUCUCCAAGGCAUAAAGCAUAUCCUGCGCCCUAGUGAGUGCCCUUGGUGCCUCACAGUGGCUAUCCUGGAGCAUCAGUGACACCCUUGAGUACGGAGAGCAGUUCAACUUACCUAUUUGUGCAACUAUUACAAGCCACCUCAGAAAGCAAAAAUAGACCAAAUCCUCUAUUAUGUUAUUUUCAUAAUAAACAUACUGAAGCACCAAGUGACAGCAUAACAGAGCACGGGUGGGUUUGCUUCUUUUAAACAGAACUGCAUUAGAAAUGCUGUAAUGGGUGAUUCCUUCUUUCUAGUUCAAGCUACAUUCCGUUAUUACUUGCUGCAAUUGAAGCGCCCUACAAGUAAAAUAGUGUUACUGGGCCUAGGAGUGCAUACUUGGAGGUGUAUUUUAGCAUUACAGACUUAUCUGCUGGGGCCUUCAGUUUUUCCGGGUUCAUAUCUAGACUUGUAAAGUCAAUCCUGUUUGCAAAUCCACAUUUUGCUGUUGAGAUUCUGUUGAAUUUCAUCUCCAUUUGGUGGGCCCCUAAUUUGAGAAUCACUACUCUAAUUGUUAUCUUUUGUGUUGGGACGCAGGUUAACUUCUUGAAACAAAGAGGAUUCCUGAAAUUUGUCUAUCUGCGUAAGGACUGCCUUACGUUGUGCAGCUGCACAAAAUCAGCAUAAUUCAGAAGUGGAGCUGAAACCCUGGAAUGACCAUCUCUCUGUAAUUUGUCCUGCCAUAUGUGUCUCAAUCACUAUGUUUUGCAUAACAAAAAGAAACUGGGAAGCAAAUCCACAAAGAUAUCCUACAUUUACUUGCUGGGCUGAUAGUCCACCACUCUGGGAGGCCUCCUCAAAAAAAUAGGAGAAAAGAAAGAUGACCAUGAGUCAGCUGGAGAAGCCAAGUAAGCAGUCAUCUUCCCUGUCCCUUCAAGCUGCAGCAGGGUCACAAGUGAACCCCUUGGAGGAAGAAACCUGAAAUGUAGCUAUGGCAGCGAGUCAGCCUUGGGUUGCACAGUGGGGUCAUGAUACUGGCCAUGCCCAGUGCCAUCGUAAGUAUAACCACCGGAAGGGGGAGGGAAAAUACAUCUGUACCAAAUUUUAAGGCUGCUCAGAGAUUUGUUUGAGAUGGAUGAGCAGCAGGAAGGGACAGUGUGGAGGAAAGCAGGGCUCUGAGGUAUAUGGGGGCCUUGCUGUUGUAAGGUGCCCACUUCAGGGAGCGGUGAGGUGAUGGGCUUACGUACUGGGGAGAAGGAGGGUAGCUAAGAGUAAAAGGCAGAGUGUGACAAGCACAGAUGUUACAUAGCGGUGGGAGAGGGCAAAACCUCUCAGGGAGAAAGGUAGUUCUGAAGGGACAAGGGGUUUGCUGGUAGGAAAGAACAAAACAAAAAAUAAAAAAUGAGGAGCCACAGAAUUACUAACAAGUGGCAUGAGCAGCUCAGGUCCCACACACUGCAUGGCAGGAAAAGGAACUGUGAGAAUGAAGCUGCAGCAUGGGGAAACACAGCUCACAGAGGUAUGGGGCAGCUUCAUGCCCAGGGACACUUGGGAAGGUGUCACGUUCUAGGGGACAGUGCAAGGACACAAGCCCAGUGACACACAAACAUCAGUUGAAUUAAACCACAGUUCACUUGCUGCACAGUAACUCAGUCACUUUUUUCUUUAGCCAAUAUAUUAACGAGAAGCUUCUUCUAAGGUGUUAAAUUAUCUGCAGGUGAGCAUUGUUUAACAAAGUACUAGUUCUCAUAAUUUUUAAAAGGUGAGGGUAAAGAGGGAGGUCUUUGGGGAUCUGUUACUCAACAGUAAAUAGCCUGUCUAUAGCAAACUUCACAGCUGAAACAAAGACUUUAUCACCAAGAACUGGAAUGAAAAAAACUCAAGGAUGAGAUUUUCUUUAAAGGUUUUAUCCAGGGGCAGAAGUUGCAUAUUGCCAAAUUCUUCCAAAUACUUGCAUUCACAAGGAUUCCAGGGAAUGAAAAAUAAAAAGCCAGGCCCAUCUAAGCAAGGACCUUGUGUUAUCCCCAAAGCCCUUGCAUUUCCUUUUGUCUGUUAUCAUGCGCAUGUAUUGGUGAUAGAGCAAUCUUUGUAUCUCCCUCUAUAAAGCUGUAGGUUUUCACAGAUAGCUUAUAAUCAAAGAAAAUAGACGCCCUAGCUCUUCUAUCUCUCUUGCUAGAAAUGUCUAUGAAGCCAUACCUAUCUAGCUGUGACCAUGUCCAGCACAGAGCAACCGAAGGAAUUCUUGGGAAAGAAUUUUUAACUUGUUCCUACAUCCCACAACAAAUUACAAGCCCUCAAAUGGGGAAACCUUGAUGGGAAAAUUAUGUUAAUAGCUUAAUGUUGCACCCUAAUUAUGAAUUGACAUAUUUAUACUUCUGAAUAUUUUAAACAUUGAGAAAGAAAUCCAAAAAGAGGUUUUUAAACCUUUACUGAGAUUCAGGCAGAUAUUUAGCAUUCAAGGGGUUAAGCAAUUUGAGUUAUCUUUUGUCUGUUUUCUUCAGCAGUGCUACACUGUUUUGAUAACCUGAGUCUUUGGUUGCAUAUUACUUACCAUAAAAUGGCCAGUUUGUGUAAUGUUCUGCUUAAUCUUUUACAGGAACUAGCCAAUGACACCGGGACUGUUUAUGCUUAUAUUUUUCCUCUGCAGCCCUUGAAAAACUGUUAUUGAUGAUGUAUAAUUUUAAUAUUAUAGCUGUUGGUACUAAAAAUGCAUCUGAUGAAUAAUGCUAAGAUUAUGCUUUUGUUAAUACAAAUAUAAGAUCACUCCAAAUGAAGACUUUGUGCUUAGAUCAAUUACACUUUGCUUGUAAACCACUUACUACUGUGGAAGCAAUUAGCAUACUUCCAACACAGAUGAGUACAAAGUGCGGAAAAAAAAAAAAAAAAAAACGAAAAGGGACAACGGAAUGAAAAGAUUCAUGAUUUAAAAAGACACACCUAAAAAAAAAAACUAAACAAAUAUAAAAACAGUAUCUAGUUACUUAAGCACUGUAUUAAUUUAUAUGGAUUUCUUCUUGGCUCUAGAAAACGUAAGUCAGAUAACAGAAACUAUGAGCCACGACCAAGCAGGAGGUGAUGCUACGGGAGCAGAAGCACGCUGUAAUCUUAGCAUUUUCACAGCAGAUAGGUUUGGGGCCCGAUCCCGCCUUGUGCUGAGCACCCAUGGGAGGUGCUGGGUGUCAGCCCUCAAACAGAUGUGGGUGGUUUUUGUGCUAGUCGCUCCUCGCUCUCGUGGUAAGUUUUUCAGAAGCCACUGAGGUGAAGGCCUGUGGCCAUGGGGUCAGCGUGUAGACACCCACACAUUGCAUGGCCUGUAGGCCUGGGCAGGAGCUGGCAGGACUCAUCUGCACCGUGGCUGGGUGAAACUUAGAUAAGAUACUAAGAAGAAAUUCUUUACUGUGAGGGUGGUGAGACACUGGAACGAGUUGCCCAGAGAAGUUGUGGAUGCCCCAUCCCUGGAGGUGUUCAAGGCCAGGCUGGAUGGGGCUUUGAGCAGCCUGGUCUAGUGGGAGGUGUCCCUGCCCAGGGCAGGGGGGUUGGAUCUCAAUGAUCUUCAAGCGCUUCCAGCCCAAACUGUUCUACGAUUCUAUGGCCGGAUGGCAGCCCUGGUGGCGAGGCUGAGGGGGAGAGACGGACAGCUGGGCCCAGCCUUGCCAUGUAUGGUUCCUCUGCCAUCUGCCGGCGCUGUGGCCAUGGCGCCGGCAGCAUCGCGGCAGCCCCCACACUAUGGCAGCCCCCACCAGGCAUCCACUUUUCUCUGGGGGCACGUAGGGUCUUGCCACGCUGUAUUCGCAAAACUGAGGCGUUAAUCUGGUGUCCUGCGCAAUUUCUUCGUUACAAACGCUACCUCAAGGUGAAAAACGAGCCUGUUGACUAAACAGAGCUGGUUCUGUUGUUUGGAGAGCGAUUAAGAUACAUGUAGCACUGAAAGUGGUUCUGAAAGGAUCUUGAGCCCAGUCAGUCAGGCCUAUGAUAAUAAUCAAAUUUAUUGCUUAAAGCACUCAGGAGUGCAUGGACACUUGUGCUUCAGAAGGGGAUAAAUAAAAAUGGGAAGAUUUACUCAAAGCAGAGCGGCGUUCUGCGGGCGCGGUGUCAUAUAAAACGCGCGAGGAUGUCUCCAGCAGUUUGACUCCAGACGGGGGUUUGGGACGGCCGGGUCUGGAAGCGCUGACCCCCUCUGUCUCUCCCGGGGUGGCGGUCCCGCAGCCGGGCUCACUGGCUGCAGCAGCGGCCACCAGCAGGAGCGGGGGGAACCCAGUGCCUGCAGCUGCUGUUCCCCAGUAUUUUGAUGGCGUGGCUCCUGCCGAGUUUCAGUCCGCCGCAGAACAGCUACGAUGUAAAUUACUACCCAUUUCACGUUGCAUUGGGGAUUUGUAUACAUACUAGUUGUAAGACUUUUGUCAAGUAGUUUUUAGAUGAACAUAUCUAGUGUGUGAAAAACCUGUUGAAGAAUAGAUUACAUUAAACAUUUACCAGCAAGUCAGUAAAAAUAGUCGUUAUAUACAGACGUUCAAUAUAAUUUAAUGUUCUAAAAAUAAUUUUUUAGUUUACCCAGUAUGUAUUGUAUCUUUGAAUUUUAAGAAGCAGCCACUCCUUUAUGUAAACAUAAAAUAUGCCUAUGUUUCUUUUAACUCUACAGCCUUUUUUUCUCCAAAUAAAUUUAUUAAAUUCUGUGCACAAAAUAGUACUGCAGCCUGCUAUUUAGCCUAUGGUGCCUUAGAGUUACUACAAAUAUUUAACAAAAUGUACAUAAUGUAAAUACUGCCAGAAGAUCACUAAGGCCAAAUAUUUUCUCUAUUCACUUUUUACUGCACUUGCUUUCUAUUGCUAUUUAAGCCUCUUUUAUCCAGCUUUGUAACAGUUAUAACAUUGUAGCCAAUGUAAACGUUUACUUUCAAUAAAUCAGAAUUUGUUCAACAAGUACUGUGCAUUUGGGCACUAUUUUGAGAGCACUGUUCAAAGUUAAAACAGUCAUCUAAGAAUGAAACUGCGUCUGAAGGAGAUUCUUGACUUUUGCUAAUCUCAAUGACAUCUAAAGGUUAUGCCAUGCUUUUAAAAAAAAAAUUAGUACAAUUUUCCUGCAGUGAUAAUUUUAAAACACUUAGAUGAACAAUAAAACCAGCUUUCCAUGCUAUGUUUAUCUGAAUGGGUUACACAUCUGGUUCAAAAUAGAGAUACUGGAAUUAAAGCAGUAUUUUGUAUGUACAAUGUCAUAUAAAAUGCAUAAGGAUGUAUCAAGAUGCAUUUUAUAAUUGCUUUUAAAGUAGUCCUCCAUUUUUGUGUAGACCUGUUUUUGUCAUGAAAACACAGCAAAUAUAUGACAAACCAUGUAGUACUUUAAUGUGGGUAUGUUUAAAGUAUAAAUGCACAUCUGCAGCUCAUAAAAUAUACAGACAUUUGUGGGACUGGUUAUUAAUUCAGUGAGUGUACUAUUUUUUUUCACUGCGUAUGA